AUGAGCACGCAGAGGAGAUCAAGAGCAAAGUCCCGGAACAUGGCCCUGUCUUCAAUAGUUCCCAUCGAUCAAUCUCUCGCAGUAGUGGAAGAAACAACCGUACCGACAGCGAAAGAUAAAAAAGUGUCCACCAAAACACUUUCACACAGCAUUGUUCACAUCGACAAUGAAACUACUAUCGGCGAGAAAGUACAAUUCAAACCAGGCAAAUGGCGUAAAUCACUGUCCAUUUUACGAUCCUCAAUAUGCCGCCGAGAAGGUUCCUGCUCCGUCGCAGGAGAACGUCGAAUAACCGUGUAUCUGAACGAUCACCAGGUAUUACAACUAACGAACGAAACGAGUUCGAGCGAUACAAUUCACUCUUCUACCAGCAAACAACCGGAUGAUACGAACGAUGUGUCUGUAAAUCAGUUUGUCGCACCACUGAGCUGGAAAACUGUGGCCGAUCAGCGCUAUCUGUGCCCAAAAAGUCCCAGAAAUGAAAUCCUGGCGCGCUGUGGACAACAGGAACCGAUCACCUUCGAAAAGGCGCUUGCCAGUUUGGACGCGGUGAUUGAGCGUAAGAUAGGCGAGGGCGUGUACGGCGAGGUGUUCAUGUGCACUAAAACCAACGGCGUACAGUCCGUUCUGAAGGUGAUUCCCAUCGAGGGUAACCAUCUGAUCAACGGUGAAAAGCAGAAAACGUUCGACGAAAUCCUAUCCGAAAUAAUCAUAUCGGUUGAGCUAAGUAACUUGAGGCAACACAAUGUGCAAUUCUGCACAGAUGGGUUUGUCGAGCUACGAAGUGUCCGUUGCCUUGUUGGUCGAUACCCGGAACGGCUUGUUAAUCUUUGGGAGGAGUACGAAAAUAAGCACGGUACGGAAAACGACAGUCCGGCAGAGUUUCCAAACGAGCAGCUUUACAUUGCCUUCGAAACAGCGUUUGGAGGUGCCGAUCUGGAUGGAUAUCGGUUCAAGAACGCACAGCAAGCAUUCUCGAUAUACGCACAGAUAGUGCUAAUGCUGGCCGUAGCAGAAAAACGGUAUGAUUUCGAGCACCGAGAUCUACACACGGGUAACAUAUUGAUCGAACCGACGAAGGAACGGGAACGGACGUACUAUCUUUUGGGUGAAGAAAUUAUAAUCGAGACCCAUGGUUUGAAGGCAACCAUUAUCGAUUACACGCUUUCCCGCAUCGUUUACAAUGGGCUGUGUCUGUUCAACGAUCUAUCCGCCGACGAGGAACUGUUCACCGCGGAAGGAGACUAUCAGUUUGAGGUCUAUCGUAACAUGAAGACGGUGCUACAAAAUCAGUGGAACAUACAUGCUCCUAAAACGAAUGUUUAUUGGUUACAUUAUUUGCUGGACAAACUAACAUCCGUGCGGAACUAUCGCGACAAAACCAGCAGAGCACAUAAAUCAGCAAUGAAAACGAUGAAGGGUAUCAGUGAGGUACUGCUUCAGUUUAAUAGUGUGCAUGAAAUUGUAUCGCACUAUUUCGCACCACAGCUGAACGAAAGUAAUAAGGAAAAUUAA